ACUUAAUCUCCAAAAUCAUACGCUUCAUAUCUUUCAAAAAUAGAAACUAUUAUUAUUUUUCUUCGGCCAUUAAAUUUUCUAUACUGUCUAUUUUCUAAUAUAGUGAUUUUUUUCCCUCACUAACAAUACUUCGAUCCUUUUUUUUAUCCCCUUAUACUCUUACUUUACCAAUUACUAUAAAUUAAAAUUCACCCCGUUUCAAAAAUUUCUACUCUUUCCGUUCCUCUGUAGUAAAUGCGUUUUAUUUUCAGCACCCGUUUUGGAAAAAUGAUAAUAAAUAAUUAAAAUAUAGAAAUGUAAAAUAAAAGAAAGAUUAAUAUAGAGAAGACUCUUAAUUAUAUUAUUUUUUUUACUUUACUUUUUUCGCACUUUAACUAUUUAUUAUAAUUUUUUCAAAAUGAAUAUAAUUUGAACUCCAAACAACCAUUUUCUCACUUGUGUUGUUAAGUUUCAAGAAAAGAAGUGAGACCUGCCUCUAAUUUGAAUUGAAUAUUGUUAGAGAAGCAGAGAUCCACCAACCCCUUCCCACCAAAUCCCACCCCACAAACGCAGACACUCUCACACACACAGCCACUCUUUGCUCUCACCAACCCAGCUCAAGCCCACCAAACUUAUCUAAACUAUGGCGGCAGCUGCCUCUUAUUCUAUUCAGCCCACUUCAAGAAUCGGUAACCAGCCUCACCCCAAAUCUCUUGCAGAUGUUUCAUUGAAUUCCAGAUCACUCUCUUUCACAUCCCAAUUCCAGACAUUCUCCCUCAAAUCGUUGUGUGGUGCAACGAGGCAACUGCAUCUUCAAGGGGCUAGUGCAUUGGUGAGGGCAGAGAUGAGCUCGGAUGCGGUGCAGGUCGAUGUAUCGUUGAGCCCUAGGGUUAACUCCGUGAAGCCUUCGAAGACCGUGGCUAUCACUGACCAGGCAACUGCCCUUGUACAAGCCGGGGUGCCUGUUAUCCGACUAGCAGCAGGGGAGCCGGAUUUCGACACUCCAACACCAAUUGCUGAGGCUGGGAUUAAGGCGAUUCGUGAAGGGUUCACUAGGUAUACUCCCAAUGCGGGCACGUUGGAGCUCCGGGCAGCUAUUUGUCACAAGCUCAAAGAGGAAAAUGGAAUAUCGUACACGCCCGAUCAGAUUUUGGUGAGCAAUGGUGCGAAACAAAGUAUUCUUCAAGCAGUUCUCGCAGUGUGUUCCCCUGGAGACGAGGUGAUUAUUCCAGCUCCGUUUUGGGUGAGCUACCCGGAGAUGGCAAGGUUGGCCGACGCCAAUCCCGUAAUUCUUCCCACUACCAUAUCAGAAAACUUUCUUAUAGAUCCAAAGGUUCUCGAGUCUUCACUGACUGAGAAAUCGAGGCUGUUGAUUCUUUGCUCACCCUCCAACCCGACCGGGUCUGUUUACCCCCGCAAAUUGCUCGAACAGAUUGCUGAGAUCGUAGCAAAGCAUCCCAGGCUUCUUGUUAUGUCCGAUGAAAUCUACGAACAUAUCAUUUAUGCCCCGGCAACACAUACGAGCUUUGCAUCCUUGCCAGGCAUGUGGGAUCGAACCUUGACUGUCAACGGCUUCUCAAAGGCCUUCGCCAUGACCGGUUGGAGGCUCGGGUAUCUUGCUGGUCCAAAGCACUUUGUUUCUGCUUGUGGGAAGAUCCAAAGUCAGUCUACUUCAGGUGCCAGCAGCAUAUCUCAAAAGGCUGCUGUUGCUGCUCUCGGGUUGGGUUAUGCAGGCGGGGAAGCAGUCGCAGAUAUGGUUAAAGCAUUCCGCGAGAGGAGAGAUGUUCUGGUCAAGAGCUUCGGGGAAUUAGACAGAGUCAAGAUUUCAGAGCCUCAGGGGGCUUUCUAUCUUUUCCUCGAUUUCAGCUUGUACUAUGGCUUAGAGGUCGAUGGCUUCGGUGUCAUCAACGGCUCGGAGGCCCUCUGCCGGUAUUUGCUCGACAAGGCUCAAGUUGCCCUUGUUCCGGGGGAUGCUUUUGGAGACGACACAUGCAUCCGCAUCUCCUAUGCCGAGUCUCUGACAACUCUGCAGGCGGCCGUGGAGAGGAUCAAGGGCGCGCUCAUUGCACUCAAGCCGGCCGUCGCCGUCUAGUGUGGAUGCAGGAUUUGUUGAAGGAGAUGAUGUUUUUAACGUGUGUGUUGUAAUUUUAGCUGUUGAAUUUUCUGUUUCAAGAAAUUACUUUGUACGUGCAUUAGAUUAGUGAUUGUUUUUCGAUACUGGAUUUGUUUUUAAAAAAUAAAUACAAAGAAGCAAAACCUUAUUGGUAA